AGCCCUAAGCAGGUUCAUCUCCCGACCUAAACAAGUCGAACGAACUUUGUCAUCUCCUGACGCAGAUUGAGCAGGGUCGUCCCCAAUUCUCCCAAACCACCCUUUCUUUCUUUGUUGUUAGAGGAACAGAACACCAUCAAUCCUCGUCUUUAGAUACUAAAAAAGAUCAAGUUCUACCAGUGUUAUGAGUCGAAUCGAGCGAUGCCGAUGUCACCCAAGAUCUUCUACUACCGCCCAGCGUCCCGCUUCCGCCGCUUCUCCUCCUCCGCCUUCCCCAUCCUUUGCCUAAGCCUCGGCCUCGCCGGUGUGCUGUUCGGCGUUUUCUCCAUCACGAGUCCCUCUAGAAAGUGUCAGGAUGGCGAACCCAGGUCGGUCUCUGUUGUGUGGGACCGUAAUGGCGGCGACGGAGCUGGUGGUGGAGUGCUGGAGCGCCACAAGGUGAUGGCUUUCGUCGGGAUCCAGACAGGGUUUGGAUCUGUCGGCCGGCGGAGGGCUAUCAGGCAGACCUGGUUGCCCUCCAGUCGCCAAGGUCUUCUUCGCUUGGAAGAGGCGACUGGCUUGGCUUUCAGAUUUGUUAUAGGAAAGACCAAUGAUAAAUCAAAAAUGGCAGCGCUUCAAACGGAGGUGAAUGAGUAUGAUGAUUUCAUGCUUAUAGAUAUUGUGGAAGAGUACAGCAAUCUUCCAUACAAAACGUUGGCUUUCUUUAAAGCAGCGUUUGCCCUUUAUGAUUCCGAUUUCUAUGUGAAAGCAGAUGAUGAUAUAUAUUUGAGGCCAGAUCGCCUUUCCUUGCUUUUGGCAAAAGAACGACCAACUACUCAAACAUAUCUCGGAUGCAUGAAGAAGGGCCCUGUUUACACUGACCCUAACCUCAAGUGGUAUGAGCCACUAGCACACCUGCUUGGGACAGAAUAUUUUCUUCAUGCUUAUGGUCCCAUAUAUGCGCUUUCAACAGAUGUAGUUGCAAGCUUGGUUGCACUGAGAAACAAUAGUUUCCGAAUGUUCAGCAAUGAGGAUGUCACAAUAGGUUCCUGGAUGCUUGCUAUGAAUGUCAACCAUGAGAACAACCUUGCUCUUUGUGAGCCUGAUUGCUCAUCAUCAUCAAUCGCUGUUUGGGAUAUUCCAAGAUGCUCAGGCCUCUGCAACCCAGAGAGGAAGAUGCUACAACUCCACAAAAAUGAGAUAUGUUUAGGAACUCCUACAUCAUCUGAUUAAUGAGAAAGCUAGAAACAUGGAAAGGGAUAGAAAAGUAUCCAACUGGCAACCAGAAUUAAGAAGAAAGUGAGCUUCUGUGACCAGCAUAUGUAAUCUGUUUGCUGGCAUUAGUUCUUGUGUACAAUUUGAUUCGAGGCAUCCAUAUCAUUCUUUCAAAAUCAUUAGUACUAGUUUACUGGUAAAGAAGAACGCUUAUAAGGGAGUAAUACUUCUAGGUCUCUUUUGGAUUGUAACUUCAAAAAUUUAAUGGAUGUGAGGACACAACCACUACUUCAAUUUAUAGGUGAGAGUGGUUCUCGUCUUCUUCAUAGUUCAAAGCUUAUGUGGAUGCUUUAAUUAUGAUUAUAUUAAGGGUGUGUUUGGUUGAUGGUUAUCCUUGAUAACCUUAGACUUCGAUUA